AUGACAGUUCUUACGCAGGAUUAUAAGAAGAGAAGAAAUGCCACCGUCACAACACUGGGACUCACGCUCACGCAUUUGGAGAGAUCAGAUUCGGGAAUAUACUAUCCAGGAUAUUUUGAUGAGGGUAGGAAUCAGUUCACCCCAACAACGUACAAUUUCUCGAUUCGCUUGAAUGUAACAAGAAAAGCAAUAGAUUACUGGAAGGACUGCCGGGGCAGCAAUGCCUCACACUGCCUUCCUGGACCCAAAAACCUCACUGUUGGAGGCCAAGAAUUGUCGUCCUCCGCUUCUGGAGGCAAUUGA